AUGUUCCCAAAUAUUUCGGUCUUAAAUGAAGAGUUUGAUGAAGAUUAACAUCGCUAGAUUGUUGCAUCGUAUUCUGACAUUAAGAAGCUGCUUUCUCCUCCUACAGCAAAGAUCUAAUCUGAUAUUAUUUUUGACAGACAUAAGGCCAAAUCACACACGCAUGGAUUAAUUGAAUCAAAAGGAGCUGAAUAAUACCUGAUUAAAGUCAUACAGAACAACGAUUUGUCUGAAAUUUAAAAUCUAUUGGAUGAAGCUGAAAGCAUCAACAUUUACACUAUUACUGAUCAUAAGAAAUACACACUCCUACAUUUAGCCGCGUACAACAACAACUUGGAUACUGUUAGGUUGUUGAUAAAUCAUGUCAAAAAGUAACACAAACACAAAUGCGCUUCAAUUCUCACAGAAUGGGUUAAUCAAUAAACGGAGGAUGGAUUUGUGGCCUUUCAUUUCGCAGCCUACAGAGGAAACAUAGAGAUGAUAUUGGAAUUUGAAAAAUGUGGAGCUAAUCUAUAUAUUAGAAAUGCUUAAGGAAUGAAUGGGUUACAUCUGGCAGCUCAAGGAGAUCAGCCAAAAUCAGUUGUCUACUUCAAGAAAAUUGGUUUUGAUUUUGCUCUCAAGGAUUCUAAAGGAGGGACAGCGUUGCAUUGGGCAGCCUACUAUGGAUGCGAAUUGGCAGUCAAUUAUAUACUAUCUUUUACGGAUCAACUCUUAGACGUUAGGGAUGCAGAAGGUUUGACUGCACUGCAUCUAGCAACUAUGAGUGGAAAUAAUAGAAUAGUUAAGAAAUUAUUGUUAUCCGGAGCCAAUAGAAGCAUUAAAAAUAAUGAAGGCUAAACUGCUGCUGACAUUGCUUAGGCUAAUUCGUUUACCUAAGUUUACAAAAUGUUGACUGAAUCCUAAAACUUUUUGGUCACUUAUUUCAGCAUCAGCCAAGGAUUCUAGAAGGUAAAUAGAAGUAAGGAUAAAAUGUUUAAAUUUAUUGCUAUGUUAAUUUACUGCUAAGGAAUUACCAUUUAUUAUUAGAUCCAUUCAGAUGAAUCAAAUCAAUAUAUUAUUUACUAUGGAGUUUUUCAAUUACUAAUUUGGUUUUUCUUUGUCCUUGUUUGGCUCAGCGAUCCUGGCAAGCAAGUCAAGUAGUAAGACAGACUUGAAUAGGAACUUCUAAAAAGUCUGUAUGAGAUAUUAUAAAAGUCUGAUGCAAAAGACAUCUGUCCUGAGUGUGUGUGUGUUAAGGCUUCGAGAGCUAAGCAUUGUGAUAUUUGCAAAUCUUGUGUAUUAGUAUAUGAUCAUCAUUGUCCUUGGGUUGAUAAUUGUGAUAAAACAACCUUUUAUAGUUUUAUAUAUUUGUGUGGCUCCUUUUUUUAUUUUAUGAUUCAAUAAUUUCAAGAUGAUGGCAUAGAAGUAUUCAUAAUCCUUUUCAUACUUUCUCUAUUUUCCAUCCUUAUAAUGCUUUUGUUUCUUUUCCCUCUUUGGUUUCUAUUGUACAUUCAAACACUAAAUUUAUUAACAGGACAAACGACAUAUGAAAAGUAUUCUUAGUCAUUGAAGAACUCCAAGGGUUAGUCCACUGCUGCUGUAUCUUGCAAUAAUUGCUUGGACAUGUGUUGCUAUAAUAAAAUAAACAGUUCAAAGAAAAAGAAAUAAAAUCUGUAGUCUAUGUAGUUGUUUGACUCAAAUUAAAAAUAAUGA